AUGGCCAAUCACGGACCGAGCUACGGCCUCAGCCGAGAACUCGAGAAAAAGAACCAGGCUCGAUUCAGUUUGGACGAGGCAAUUGAAGUGUUGCUAUGGGUGCAAAGUGUGACUCAAAUGCCGUACUCAUCGGAUCCAACUACCUGUCGAACAGCGGCCGAUGUCGCUGAUUUGCUGAAGGAUGGCGUUCAUUUGUGCAAACUAAUCAACAGACUUCUAGACAACGGAAGCCGAGCUCCAUUCAAUCCCAAACCAAAGAUGCCAUUUCACAAGAUGGAAAACAUCUCCAAUUUCCUCGAAGCCUGCAAAGCGUACGGUGUUGCCGAGAUAAGCUGUUUCCAGACUGUUGACUUGUAUGAGAACAAGCAAUGCUAUAAAGUCAUCGAAUGCCUUAGAUCAUUGGCUGCUGUGUCGAUGAUCAUCUAUUCUAAGACAUUGCUCGAAGAUCUUCCAAAGCUGCAAUCUGAUUUCACUGCACGCUUCCGACUAAUCAACAGACUUCUAGACAACGGAAGCCGAGCUCCAUUCAAUCCCAAACCAAAGAUGCCAUUUCACAAGAUGGAAAACAUCUCCAAUUUCCUCGAAGCCUGCAAAGCGUACGGUGUUGCCGAGAUAAGCUGUUUCCAGACUGUUGACUUGUAUGAGAACAAGCAAUGCUAUAAAGUCAUCGAAUGCCUUAGAUCAUUGGCUGCUGUGGCACAAGCUCGUGGAGCUGACGUCGAAUUUCCACCAUGGGUAGUACGACUGUCACACAGCCGUCCACGACAGUUUCCGGAAUCGGUGAUGCGACGCGGCGAGAUGGUCAUACCACUUCAGUAUGGAACGAACAAAUGCGCCAGUCAGAAAGGAAUGACACCGUACGGUUUGGCACGCCAGAUAAAACCUGAUCCAUCGGGAUGA